GUUUUGUUUAUAGUUGUGUGUUAUAUAUUGAAACCAAACGGAUAUGUUGUUUCUUCCUCUGACCAGCUUGAUAGACGUUGCCUUAGCUCAACCCGUUUUCACUGUAGUCUUAUCACACGGCAUUUUUGACAAAGAGAAAAAUGUUUAAUUUUUCUGUACUGUAAUUCUGACAUAACAGUUCCAGCAUGGUCCUGCUUGUUUACGUUAGCUUUAUCCGGCUUCCUCAAACUGAGCAUAAGGGGAAAAACGAUCUUUAAUUGGAAAUAAUUGGCUGUUGCACAUUUAGAGGGUCCAGUAUGCCUAAGGAACAGUCUUGCUUGAGCGAGCACAGUCCUUGUGCCACGUCCAGCAAGGAUGCUAAAGAUAAGAGCAACAGUACGACUCUGCUGGCAAUACGUGAUUCGAAAGAUGCCGACGAUUCCAGUGGAAGGGGCUCCCACUGCAGCUCAGAAAAAGACUCUGGCUACUCUGACGGCUCAGACUGGCAGCAGACAGAUGUGGAGGACCAGCACAGCAACAAAAGCCAGUCCAGAGGCAGUGAGUGUGCAGAAACCACACAGCCAGGUAAAAACCAAGAACGUGGGCAAGGAAAUCCUGGGAAUCAUACCCUGAUGCCAGCAGGCCAUGAGCUACCACCCAUCUACAUAAUCAAGAACAUGGUGCUGAAGCAGCCGGGCACCAUCCAGAAAACAGGUCAGGUGCUCUGGGAGUCCGGCAGUUCUGGUGUUCCCCACAUGAUUCUUUGCCAGCAGCCUAGCUUGUUGCCAACCACCUCGCAGCUCCAGAAGACCUUGUCCUGGAAGUCCAACGUCACAGGGAAGAAAAUAAAAGGCACAUACCUGCCUAUUUUCAACUCCUACCCCCGCAUUGCACCACACCCCAGUAAGAAGCCGCCUGAUAAAUCCUCAUCAAAUGGGGAUUCCCAGAAUCUGAGCAAGAGGGUUUGCACAGAACACAAGAGUGAUAACACACCUGUGACCAGGAGUCUACCUGACCAGCACCUUUAUAAGCAACCCAAAUUAGCAGUCUCAGCCUCUGGGCAGCCUUGUUCCUCUUCAACCAGAGAUAGUCCAUCCUCCUCCAGCUCCGUUACUGCCUCCUCGAGCCAGAGCUCGCCAUCUGUGUCCAGUGUCCACACCACCACCACCUCCCCUUCCCUUCCAACUAGAGGGCUUAACAGAAACGGCACCACCAGUGCUCGCCAUCGCCGUUUUCUCAACACGGUAGAAAUCCUCAGACAGUCAGGUUUGUUGGAAAUUACACUGCGCACGAAAGACCUGCUGCAACAGAGCAACGCCACAGAGCGAGACAUUGCCCAGUUGCGCCAGCACGCAGAGCUACUGUCUCAGGCUGCCAGCAACCCCAGCUGCAACAUUAAUGGUAUCGCAGCCUGGGAAUGUCUACACAGAGCCAUGGCCGAGUCCAGCAGCUACCCCAACCUCAAACUCCUGCAGAAUUUACAAAUCCUGUCUCAACCAGACUCUGCUGGUCAACCGGAGAGUGUUGCCACAGGUGAAACCAACAGGCCUCUAGCUGCUGAGAACUCACAAGUGCCAGCAUCUCGCCUUCUCACCACCCUGUUGGACCCAAACCAGAACUGUCCGGUGUCACAGCAGCUUCAGUCAGAGCAAAGCAGGAUGCUCGAGGACGAAAAAACCUCAGACAAAGUCACCUUUAUGCCUCCUGACAGUUCUACCGGUUAGCACAAUCUGCGGUGCCUUCAGAGGGACAGCAGGUUCUCAGGGUAGCCAUUGGAGAACCAGUAGCUAUGUUGGAUAUUGUGUGUUUUUCAUGGUUUAUCCCUUGUUAUUUAAACCUAGUUUUAAAGGGGUUGCACAAAAUAUCUCUGCAGGACAAUGGAAAUCCAAAGGUGACUCAGUUUUAUUGCUUACUGUACAUAUUGCAGUUUUGUUUCCAGUUCCCUUCACCAGAGUUAAGUGUUUGACAUCUGAAAGCUGAUCCUGUAAUUAAUGCACUAAAGUUCUAUUUAUUCCCAAAGCACCAUUUUGCAUCACCACUGCAGACUUUGUAGAUCCACACAUAGGUGGAGAGCAUCUCUGCAUGUGAGCCACUUAAAAGAUUAUGUGAAGAUAAAAUGUGUUCCCCACGAGGAAGAGGAUAUUGGCUUGCACACACAAGUGGUACUUUAUGCGAUUAUGAUAACUUGAGUGUGUACUAUUUUUAAUUGUUAAUUUGAUCGUUUUGCUGUCACACCAGACUAACUUUAUUCAGGGAAAAUAUGAAUAAAUCAAUCUCCUGGUAGAUAAAUGUUGAAAAAAUGGUUUCUCAUCAUUUAUUUCACCCAAGAGAGAGAGAGGGUAAGCAGUCACCAAGGUUGGUGCCUUCAAAACAACAUAGCUGAACAUAAAGGCUCUCAGGGAGCUUAAUGCUACAGAGAAAAUCCCUCUGUAACGUAACAGACUGCACUACACUGGACUGUUGCAAGGACUUGUUUUCAAAUGCUUCUGAACAAAGCCUUUAAAACUCUUUAUCACUUGAUAUUUUUAUGCUUUAUCAGGGCUCAUCAUCACCACAGGUUAUCAUACAAAUUUACUUCAGUGAAGUCUUUAUCUAUUUUAUAUAAACACGUCUUGUGAUAAUGGAAGCAAUUCAACCCCAGACUAUGAAUUCAACACAGCAUCUUCAAGAUAAUCAGUUCAACCAUUUCCUCUCAUGCAGCAGCUCUGUUGUCCGUUUUCACUUUGAUGAUGUUUUUGUUUGCACCAAGCCACCGGUUGUUGGUGUUAUGUGGUCAUCUGUUUUGUUCAUAGACGGAGCACAGUUUGCAAUGUGUGCGUGAGAGAGUUUGACAGGGUUUAUGUUUAAAAGUAUGUUGACUAAGUGAUUUUAUACGUGUGGCAUGUGUAUGAUUUUUCUUCCAUUUUGCUGUACUUGUGCAUAUGACAGCACUGCCAGCAGCGCACACAUUUAUGAGAUUUAAAGUGGUUUAUACGGUGUAUUUUUCAUAAUUUUAAGGUAUUUAAAUAAAGCGAUACAUGAAAAUGUGA